ACCAAAGGCGCCAAACUCGCACCGCCAUUGCUAAGUCGCUUUCCGGCCUCUUGUUCUCACCGUCUUUCUCCAAUAUUUCCGUUAUGCAAAAAAAAAUUUCCAAUUUUCAGUUUGAUCCGAUGCGUAAUUUCGACUCUUCGAGGCAACUACGUAGACUGAGAAGCUUGAUCGGCGAUGUCAUGGCUACGAUCGGCGGUGAACAAAGCUGUAGAAGUCGGCGGCAAGAGGAAAAUCACUCGCAACCUCCGCAGCGCCGUCCAGACUGCCGGUUACGCCGUUGUCGACGGUGCCAAAGUAGUUCAUGAUCGAUCUGGUCCUGGAAACUUCAAGAGUUUUAAGCAUGCUUUGAAAAGAUUAGAAGAACAGUCAGUUUCAUGUAGAGGCAUAGAGAGACUUCAGCAACUUCGUAGGUGGUUAGUGGCUCUAAAAGAGAUCGAGAGACUAAAAGAAGCUAGAGUGGAACAAGAGAAAAACAAUGACCCGCCGGAAGAUAUUUCUAUUGCGAAGAAGGAUCUUCCUAGAGAGCCUACUAUGGUUUUAUAUUAUGAUCCUGAUCUUGGUGGGGAACCAAUGAAUUUCAAAGAUGUCUUUCUUCGCAGUCAAGCUCUAGAAGGCAUCGUCUUGUCUGUGAUUCUUGAAGCACCAGAUGAAGAAGAAGUGUCAUUACUUACAGAGAUCUUUGGACUUUGUCUUACAGGUGGGAAAGAAGUUUGUGAUGCAACAAUAGCCAGCAUAGAAGCUUUGGCUAAAGCUUUCUCAAGCUAUAAUGAUGAACUGCUGGCAAAGAAGGAAGAUCUGCUUCUUUUUGCACAAAGUGCAAUUGCUGGGUUGAAAGUAAAUGCUGACAUAGCAAGAAUAGAUUCUGAAGUCUCCAACAUACAGCAGGACCUAAACAAAAUGGAAUGCUGGCCACCUUCAGUGGAAGUUGAUAAAAGAUCAUCUGAAUUGUCUACAGCUACAAUAACAGAGGCUUUGAAAGAUGAACUUUCCCAGUUACAAUUAUGUUCCAAAUUGGAGUCACUUUUGUCAAAGGAGAAGAUUAUGCUUAACAGGAACUCACUAGAAAACCAUUUUCAAAAGGUUGACAAGUUAAAGGUUUUGUCAGCAUCUCUUUCAUGCUCUGCUUCAAGAGCUGAAGAACACAUUUCUGAGAGCAGAGUUCAGAAAGAUGGAGCUGUUAGCUUCCGUAUCUCAAAAGGGAAUGAAUUCUCCCAACUUGAAAAGGAACUGACAUUUGAAAUUGAUGAACUUGGGAAGCAAAAAGACCAACUUGAAGCUGAGUUGAAAAGGGUCAAUACAGCAUUGAUUUCUGCCCAUGUCCAUCUUCGCAAUGCCAAGGAAGAAAGAGAUCAAUUUAAUGAAGCUAGCAACGAAAUUCUUCAGCACUUCCAAUUGAAGGAGGAUGAGCUGUCUAGAUCUGUUGCGUCAUACAGAGCUGAGGCAGAUGUUUGUGAUGCAUUUAUUUACUUUUUAGAAGACACCCGGGGUUUUGAAUCGUCAUACAUUAAUCAAAAACAGAAGCAUGUGAAUGAGGAAUUGGAGAGAUGCGAAGGCUAUUUUGUGGAGUUGGUGAUUCGUGUCUUAUCUGCAUACAAGGAUGAGCUGGGGCCUUCUGUUUUGAACCUCAAGAAACUGGCGGAGGACUUAAGAGGGUCGGAGAUCCCAGCUGCUGCUCCAAAUGGUGGGGAGAAGAAGAGUGCAGUUGAUGCAAGACGGCGUCUAGAGGAGGAAUACCUCAAGGCAGAAACCAAGUUAAUAACCGCAUUCAGUGUGGUGGAAAGCAUUAAAAAACAGUUCUAUGCUCAAGUUGAAGGAAUUUCAAGGAAAGAUGACGAAAAUGUAAGAGAAUUAUUUGAUAAUCUUUCCAAGAUUAAAGAAGAACUGGAAUCCAUGCAAAGACCAUCUCUGGAAGUUGAAACUUCAAAUAGAAGGGGGGCAGAUAAAUCAUCAUCAAAAGUAGCGCCAGAAAGUACCCAGUCUUUGAAUCCCAUCAGCCCCGGAUCAAUUCACCAAACUGAAAGACAAAAAUCAGUGAGAGAGAAUCUGAGAAGAAGCCUAUCGAUGGCCAUCCGUCAGGCAAAUGACUCAGUAAGCUUCUCACGAGAUGACAGCAGCUUCACGUCCCAUAAACCCCUCAGAACAAAGAAUACGGAUCCCGCCGCUGAACUUUCCAAGUUGAAGAUGGAGUUGGAACUCGAGAACAGUAGCAAAGACCAUCCUUUCGACGAAAUUGACGACUGGGAAUCCGAUGUAAUCGUGAAAAACACAGAAUACGGUGAAUGAUUCUUCAUUAUUUACCAUUUUACCCAUCUUCCUGUUUUUACUCCAGAAGAUUUCAACAGCUGAGGGACACACUUGAAUUGCCGACAUGUCCCAUCCUUGUAUGCCUUGUUAUAUUAUAAAUCCAACCUUUUGAGUUUUGAUGAUUAACAGUUCUGGAGCACGGAGGAAAAACAAAGGUUAUUAAGGUCUUUUUCAUCCUGACAUUUGAAUUCUAUUUUUAUUAAUUUACUCGAAUUCCUUGACCGUGUUGGAUUUGGAUUUUGGAGGGAGUGCUGUUUUUUUUUUUUAGUAAAAAAAAAAAAAAGUACAGUUGUCGGUAUUAGGAUGCAUAAUAAUAGUAUGUAAUUUUGUA